CAUCAGUGUCAUCUGUAGCUUGAUAUUAGUGUUGAGUGUACCAUACACGUACACGUACGUACCCGUACCCAUAAAGAAGCUAACAGAUUAUCAGUUUUAUUCGGCAUAGGUAGUUUAACAGUGCUAAUAAAUACGUUGCAAUGAGUCAAGAUCAAGAGAUAGACCCUGAGGCCAGGGUUGACCAGACUACUCCCACUCCUGCUUUGGACACUGGGCCAAAGGACGCGACCCAACUGAGCGUGUGUGACAAACUCAACUUAAACAUUAUCGAUGACAUUAUGGAUGAUGAUGAAGAGCACAGAAUAUUCCGGACAUUUUCCGACCCAGGUCGAAAGAAGUCUCUCAAAUCUUUGGAAAUCCCUCUGGACAAUCUAUUGAGUGGACUCAUCUUCCUGUCAGGUGGUCGAGACAAGCGUGGGUGCCCAUUGGUCACGCUGACACAGCCCAAGAACCUCCAAGUGGACUGGCUGAUAGAGAUUGGAGUGAGUGAGAUCAUUGACAUGCUGGCCUACUUCACCUCAGUACCAAAUGAGGAGAGUCGAGCCCUGGGCUUUGUGGUGAUGUUGGAUGCAGAGAUCAUCCAUGACUUCUUCAUGAAGACUCUUGUCAAAGCUCUCAACAUUAUACAGGAUGAAGACGAACCUUUCACUGAGGUCUUCUUUGUGUCCUCAACUCGCGACGUGACCACCAUCGACUGGACCAUGGAGUGUGAGGAGAAGAUCAACUUACCAUUUCGGCAAAUUUCCAAUCGGUUGGAGCUCCUGGAAUUCAUCGACAAAGACCAACUGACCUCAGAGUUUGACGGUGACUUUGCGUACAACCAUCAGGAGUGGGUGCGGUUUAGAAUGCAAGUGGAGCCAUUUCUCUGUGACUGUAUCAGUAUCUCCAAGCACCUCGCUCGUGCUAUCGAGCCAUUCACAGACAGUGAAGUCCCAGAAACCAUUGAAGACGUGAAACAAAGCAUCCAUAAGCACAAGAUGGUGAGGAGGAAGACCCUGGAUGAAUUACAUAUUGAUGAGCUAACGAGCGAGGGCUCUCGUAUCAACAACCAAAUGGUGGAGGGUUUAGCACGCAAAAUGAGCGUCAACCCGGACAUACAGCACACAGUGGAGACGAUACAGAAGAUGCUCUCACAGAUUGAGCUGGUCAAGGGCAGAAUGGUCUCUCUGUGGUCGACCAAAAAUGAAAAACUGCAGGCCAGUCUGCAACAAAGGAUUUUUGAGAAGGAGGCCUCUCAACUGAUUGAGUGGUUUGAAGAGUACGCUGAGGAGUUCUUCCAGACUCACACCGAGUUGGGGGAGAGUCUAGACGUGGCAGAGACGCUAAUGGCCGAACUGAAACAGUUUGAGAACUCCACACAACAAAUCAUGGGCCGAGUGGACGUGAUAGUUCAGAAUGGUUCUGAGUUGGAGCAAAACCCUCACACUAACCAGCAGACCGUGACCGGGCUCAUGGGCAAGAUACGGACCUUCAUGACUGGCUUUGAAGACAAACUAGGCCAGAGGAAGAAGACCCUUCGUGACUCAGUUAGACUGCACAAACUCAUAGAGAAGGCCCUUACCUGGACCAUUGAAGGAGCUGUGGUUCUAUCUGACACAACUGGCCUUGACCCUAUCCAAGCCAAAGACCUAGUCCAACAAUUCUUAGCUACACACCCUCGACCCACUGCGGACAAUCUCAAGGAGCUCCUCGAACUCUCAGAGAAAACCGAUAGUCAUUGGAUACGAGACACGAGCGUGUUUACGUGCAACCGAGUCACUGAUAUAGGAGAGAGAGUGGAUUAUACUUGUCAGCUCAUUGAAGACAUGGUGGUAGAACGACGUAAGAGCCAGGAGCUCCUAUUGGACAGGAGUACUGGUAGUGACGGAAGUUCCCCUGAGAUGGGUGUGUCCUCUAACCACCACCUGGUACACCAAGAGAGCACGGCGUCUGGAGGGUCCCUACAUUACGACACGGGGGCGGACAAAGCCUUACUACUGCUACAGAGUGUAGAGACAGCUGUGGAGACGGCAGCUGGGAGACUAGACGCAGGUACACGUGAUUUCCCCUCCCUCCCCUCCUCCCCCGCGAAGAGUAUAGAGAUAGUGGAUGGUGACCCACAAAUCAGUCUACUAGACAUGCUCGAAGAACUCGAGAAGAAUGAGUACCCGACUCUGAAACGCCAACACCUCUCAAAGAAGGACAUCUCUGGUCCCACGGAAACCUCUGGCCCCACGUUUGUGGUGGGAGAUGAGGCCGUCGAGAAACCGCCGGUAGCUGCCGAGAAAGUAACCCCAGAAGUCUUGAAAGAGAGAGUGGAGCUGCUCCCUUGCCCUGGUAGCGAGAGUGACCUGAAUGUUCAGACCAAGAAUGCUAAACACAGAAGGAAGCUAAUGGAGGAGCUCAUUCAGACAGAGAUGACUUACAUCCGUGAUCUGGAGUGGGUGGUGAAGGAGUACAUGCCGGCCAUGGACAACCUCGACGAGUUGCCACGCAACCUGGUCGGGAAGAGGAACCUCAUCUUCUCUAACAUACAGAAGCUGCUCGAGUUUAAUAGACAGAUGAUCUUCCCGCUGCUAGAGUCGUGUCGCAAGUGCCCCAUCAAGUUGGGGGAGAUCUUCCUCAUGUUUGAAGAGGACCUGCUCAACUAUUGCCAGUACUUCAAGAACAUGCCCCUGCAGACGAAACUCAUGAACGAGGGAGGCCACACCUUCUUUGCUAUGACAUCAAAGCGACUGAAUGACAGCUUUGUAUUGGGCUCGUAUCUCAUCAAGCCAUUCCAACGCAUGGCUCGCUACCAGCUGUUCCUCAAGGACCUUAUCAAACACUCAGUCAAGUCUGAUCUGGCCGGGAAACUCAAGGAGUACUAUGACAAGUUGAAGGAAGCCCAAAAAAUGACUGACUUCAUUCUCCGUCAUGGCAACGAUCUCCUCGCCGUCGAGUGCCUCAAAGGUUUCGAUGAGAGGAUUGAUGAUCAAGGGAAGAUCUUGAGACAGGGGGACCUGGUUCUGGUGGAGAUGACCAAACACAAGCGGAGAGUGUUUCUGUUUGAGUCCACCAUUAUCCUGGCUAAGAGGAAGAAGCUGAAGCACUCCAAAGAUAUCGCCGGCUCUGAUGAGGUGUUUGAAUACAAGGACCACUAUAUGACAAAGGACUUUGUACUGCGAGAAACUGUCGAAGGUCACCCGACUCGGUUCACACUCUCAGGGAAGAAGGUGUCUCUCUGUUUCCAGGCCGACUCUGUGGACCUGAAGAACACUUGGGUGCAGGACAUCUGGGACCUCUUCUUUAGUCACAUGCUGCAGCUAAAAGACAAGAAUUUGGAGCGCCACGGUUCUCGAGAACUCACUUCCCUCAUGGCUGCCGGCCCUGGUCGCUCGGCAACCAUUGGACGUUCAUUCGGACACUCGAUUCGUCACACCAUGUCGAUGAGAUAUCGUACAAGCCUUGACUUCCCACGAUCCCGUCGUUCUCGUCCCGGCUCGUUAGUCAGUAUCACCUCCAACACCUCGGAGGUAUCGUCUAGUUCUCUCUACUCUGAGGACACUAUUAGUCAAGUCAGCAGCUCAAUAGCCCCAGGCUCUCCCAGUACAUUCGUGGAUCUCAACGCUCGCAGUGCCAGUCAGGUGGGACUCCAUCGUACCUCCUCUGGUAGCAUGCUGGGCGAUUUAGACGACACUUUGAAGAGGACAUCAUCCGGUAGUGGAAUAUUGAUGAGAAGAUCGUCCCCUAGUAAUGGAUUGUCAAUGAAGAGGGUGUCGUCUGGUAGCAAUGUUUCGUUUCGAAGGUCACCGUUACCCGAUGAGCGACGCUCUCACCUGACUAUAGAGUCUCGCAGAACGCCUGAGGCAACGUCACCCAUUCUACCCACGUCAUCUAGCUCAGGGGGAAGUCAAGACUCUGACCCAGAAAUGCCUUUAUAUGAAUCCCCUGUAUAAGAACUGUCCUACUGUACUAGGAAAUUUGUAUGAUUAUAAUCAUGGUUGUCGUUGUUUAACAACUAUUCUCUCUUUAUAUUACUCUUUUCUAUCACUUUCUAUCGUAUCCUCUGUUCAUGUUUUCAGAGGUGCUUUGUGCACAUUGUAAUUAUAGUGUUGAACGAAUAAUAAA